AUGGUACAGACUUCGUUCAAUGAAAGUCCGAACUGUGUGCUCUUCAUCUUGUUUUCCAACUCCGUGCUAGCUCGGCUCUCCUAUUCUACUACCCAGGUCAGCUUCAACUCCUGCAUCAGCUCGUUAGCCACUUCGGGCGCUUGGGAGAAGGCACUUGCCGUCGUCGCGGAAAUGUCUCAGGUUGCCUUGCGACCCGAUGGCACGACAUUGGGCGCCUUCGUGAGCGUCUGUGCGACGGCAGCGCAAUGGACGCUGGCGCUGGCAUUGCUGCAUCGGUGGGCCCAGGAGAACAUCGCAGUGGAUCAGGUGGCUCUAACGUGUGCCAUCCAGGGCUGCAGCAUCGCCAGCCAGUGGAUCCAGGCCCUGGCUGUGUUUGUCGCCACGCAAGCCCACAGAGCAGCGGCCACGGCCGUGGUCAGCAGCUGCCAGCGCGCUGCGCCGCCAGGCUUCAAAGCAGCCCAUUAA